GAUCCCCUCUGCAGAUUCACAGGAAGGGGUAAAGAGAGUGGGAAGACGAAGACGAGCGUCGCGACGUCCGUGGGAGUCGUGCUGAUACUUCCGUGGCCAUCGCAUCAAGAAAAAUACUCUGGAGUAAAAAGAAGAAGCUUAACAAAGGUAUUAAUAGCUCAAGUGGAGUUUUUCAAAGACUAAAAUCAUCCAAGGGAUCAGAUAACCAUCAAAAUGUCGAGGCCUAUAUUCAGCAGACCGCGUACGCGCGUCUACAACUGCAAUUAUGAUAAGGGAGAAUCAUACUACAAGCCAAUGGUGGAUCACCUGGAUAGAAAGUACAGUUCACGUCCACUGUUUCCGGAACCAAGGAGUUCAAUUGCUGAUGAAAUAGCUGCAAGACGAAGUGACAUCGGUUCAAGACAUCUGACAGGAACACGAGGGGAUGAGGACUAUGCAGAUUUUUUGUAUGAAGGAUACGGUCGACCUAUUCCAGAAGAUGAUAUUGAAGAUGAUUUCGUAUUCCUUCAAAGACGAUUUAAACAAAGAGCUUCCGAAGCUUUUGAAGAAGAUCUCGCAGAAUUGCGUCGUAAACGACGAGAUCUUCAGGAUCGUCUCUUUGAUAUGAUUGAUGUGGGUGCAGAAAUCGAAAAGGCCAAAUCUACUCUAGAAAAUGCUAAUCUUGCCUUCCAAAAACACGCAACCAAGUUUGACAACAAUGAAGAGCCAGAAAUAGAACCAGAAAAUCUUGUAGCUAGAUUGGAGAAGGCACGAAAGCUAAAAGAAAUGACUAAACAAUCUGAACUUGCUGCCGAAACUGAUACUAAAUCUAAUCAAAAAGUACCCUUAUUUAAAUGGUCAAAGUUUAUUGAAUUAGAGAACGAAAUGCCUAAACUCGUUGGUGAUUUAACUAAAGCACGAAUCAAGGGUGAAUUACCACAAAUUCCUCAAGCUUCUGGCAUUGGAACAGACAUUGUUAAAGUUAAACCUAAAUCAGAACGUCGAAAAAAUAAAAAAAAAUCCCUAUCUAAACGAAGAAAGAGUUCAAGUAUUGAAUCUUAAAUUUUUUAUGCAUUUAUUCUUAGUUCAAUAAUUAAAGAAAUUUUAUUUCUGAUGAUUCAUAAGAAUUAUUCGAAAAAUGAAUAUUUACAUGUUGAAUUAGUUACAAAACUUUCAUGAAUCUUUUUUUAAUUUAUGCAAGAGAAUUGAAUUCAUAUUUCAAUUAAAAGUUAUCAAGUCCACUGUUGACACUAAUGAUUAUUCUUGUCACUCUAAUAGUAAUUUAAGCAAUAUUUUACUAUGUACAAUACUCUCAGUACAUGACACUCUAGGACAUCCAUUAAUAUUGGUCUGUUAUAGUGAUGUAAAGUGAUGAUUAUUUUAUAUGGAGUAUCAAAAUAAUUAGAAAUGUCAAUAAUGAUGAAAAUAAAAAAAGUAAUAUAUUGAAUGAGCA